AUGGAAAGUCACACAGGCGAGAGAUUGGACAACUCUCGUCCUCAACCAAUUGCCCACCAUUUGAUAACACCAACAACUUGCAGCUGCGGAUCGGAUAUCAGCAAUCCGUUCCACUCUGGCCCCUCCCAAGCAUGGGGAGACCGUUUGGCUGCUGAACAGAAAAAGUUCAAGCUGCCAGAAGUCUGGGAUCAUUUCGAGGACAAUGAUCCCUACCUACCGGCCAAGAAUGAAUCAGAUCACCGAAGGAUGCUGGUGACCUUUGCUGAACACGUCUUGUCUCGAGCAAAAUUCUUGGAUUACGUUGGCGGUUCUUCUCAGGAUAGGCUGUACAUGAUCAAUUCAAUCACCGAGCCCCAUCGCACUCUCCUCCUCAAGCUCGUGUCUGAUACACAUAUCGUCUCCCCUCUUCGCAAUCACUACGAAUCAAUGCAUUUGGCUCCAUGUUACUCAGCAUCUGACAUGGCCCGCGCCCUCUUCCACCACAAACAUAUCUUCACAAACUGCGAAUGGUACAUUCUCUGUGUUGAUUGGUUCCAAAACUGGACCGGAUACUCCAUCUCUGACGCCUUGAUCAAAGACGUUGGCAACGAUGAAUGGGAAAAACAGUGGGUUCUAGAUAUCGCGAGAAUGGAGAUGGAAGGUGAUGAAGAGGGAUUGAAGAAUGUCCAGCCUAAGUUGAAAAGAGUAUUCAGGGCAUUUUCCUACUGGGAGGAAGGGUAUGAAUUUGCUUCCUUCAAGUGA